AUGCACAAGGUGCGAUCUGUCAGGCAAGUUGUGGGUAGAGAUGGACCCAGCACGGUGUUGACUAUGCUGCGAGGAUGCGUCCUUGCAUUGCUGUGGCUGCCAGGUUCACAAAGCAUCGAGUGCAAUGUGGACGGCGGCGAAUACAUGGAACAGUAUUGGCUAAUGUUCCCCAUGGAGUCGUGUCAUGAAUGUCCGCUCGGGCGGUACCGCCGUGCGGAGAUGGCUUGUAAUCAGCUUUCUGGGCAGGCGAAGGAGUGCCCCAAGUGCACUCCAUGCCCAGAGGGUCGAAGCACAAAACAGAAGGCUUCUACAACCGAGGAGGCUUGUGACGUGGAAUGGAACGUGACAUCCUUCAUGCACUCGGUGUCUAUUUUGAUCGUCGAUGCCUUUCUAGCCUCACUUGUUGUGCUGAUCCCCUGCUGUUGCCUUAUCUGCUACUGCUGCCGGCUUGCGGGCAAGGACUCUGCACGCGCCGACAUUGCUAGAGAGAGCAAUGUGGUGACAGUCGGCGCUCGAAAUACUAGCAGGCAUGGGUCCAAGAGCUCCGUCCGACCUGAUGGUUGCCACACAGGCACUGUUGUGAACAUUGGUGCUCGGAAGAGUACCAGGAAUGGCUCAAAAGACUCCACCAAAGGCAUUGCUAGGGCUGACACAGAUGGCAGCUCCAACGUUUUUCCGGUCAGCGCCACAAACAGCGGAAGUAGGCAGGGCUCCAAAACCUCCAAUCGGGCCAGAGAGAUCAGAGAGACUGGCAGUUCCGAUCACAUCACGACUGUCGAAAAGUUCGUCGGGGACACGGCUGGCUGUCCGAUGACUUUUCGGCCAACUUUGAGCACCGGUUCUUCGAAUUUGCUCAAGGUUGCUCCGGACAGCAGCAGUAGGCAUGGCUCCAAAAACUCAGUCCGACCCAGUGGGACCGGGAAUGGCGUAAGCUCCUUGGCGGGCCCAAAGAGUCCAAGAUCGAGAAGCCACCGGAGUGUUCGCAUCCUUGAUCCUGCACACGAUGCAGAACAGGCGCGUUGGGCGUUCCCUUCACCGAAGGAAGCACCCAAAGAGUCGCUGGCCCGGGAACCACGUGGCAGCAUGUCUGUACAGGAAUAUCAAGAUCUCAGCUAG